GCGCGGGAGGUCGCGACGCGCCAUGGGUCUUCCGGCACUGCUGGCCAGUGCGCUCUGCACAUUCGUGCUACCGCUGCUGCUCUUCCUGGCCGCGAUCAAGCUCUGGGACCUGUACUGCGUGAGCAGCCGGGACCGCAGCUGCACCCUCCCUUUGCCCCCUGGAACUAUGGGCUUCCCCUUUUUUGGGGAAACACUGCAGAUGGUGCUACAGCGAAGGAAGUUCCUGCAGAUGAAGCGCAGGAAAUACGGAUUCAUCUACAAGACGCAUCUGUUCGGGCGGCCCACUGUGCGAGUGAUGGGUGCCGAUAACGUGCGGCGCAUCUUGCUUGGGGAGCACAGGCUGGUGUCCGUCCAUUGGCCCGCGUCGGUGCGCACCAUCCUGGGCUCCGGCUGCCUCUCCAACCUGCACGACUCCUCGCACAAGCAGCGCAAGAAGGUGAUUAUGCGGGCCUUCAGCCGCGAGGCGCUCCAGUGCUAUGUGCCGGUGAUCACCGAGGAAGUGAGCAAUUGCUUGGAGCAGUGGCUGAGCUGCGGCGAGCGCGGCCUCCUAGUUUACCCCCAAGUGAAGCGCCUCAUGUUCCGCAUCGCCAUGCGCAUCCUGCUGGGCUGCGAGCCUCGGCUGGCGAGCGGCGGGGAAGCCGAGCAGCAGUUGGUGGAGGCCUUCGAGGAAAUGACCCGCAAUCUCUUCUCGUUGCCCAUCGACGUGCCCUUCAGCGGGUUGUACCGGGGCCUGAAGGCGCGGAACCUCAUCCAUGCGCGCAUCGAGGAGAAUAUUCGCGCCAAGAUCUGCGGGCUGCGGGCGGCCGAGGCAGGCGGGGGCUGCAAGGAUGCGCUGCAGCUGUUGAUUGAGCACUCGUGGGAGAGGGGAGAGAGGCUGGACAUGCAGGCACUAAAGCAAUCUUCAACAGAGCUCCUCUUUGGAGGACACGAAACCACGGCCAGUGCGGCCACAUCUCUGAUCACUUACCUGGGGCUCUACCCACAUGUCCUCCAGAAAGUGCGGGAGGAGCUGAAGAGUAAGGGUUUACUUUGCAAGGGCAAUCAAGACAACAAGUUGGACAUGGAAAUUUUGGAACAGCUUAAAUACAUUGGGUGUGUUAUUAAAGAGACACUUCGACUGAAUCCCCCAGUUCCAGGAGGGUUUCGGGUUGCCCUUAAGACUUUUGAAUUAAAUGGAUACCAGAUUCCCAAGGGCUGGAAUGUUAUCUACAGUAUCUGCGAUACUCACGAUGUUGCGGAUAUCUUCACCAACAAGGAGGAAUUUAAUCCUGACCGCUUUCUGCUGCCUCACCCAGAAGAUGCAUCCAGGUUUAGCUUCAUUCCAUUUGGAGGCGGCCUCAGGAGCUGUGUAGGGAAAGAGUUUGCAAAAAUUCUUCUCAAAAUAUUUACAGUGGAGCUGGCCAGGCAUUGUGACUGGCGGCUUCUAAAUGGACCUCCUACAAUGAAAACGAGUCCCACCGUGUACCCUGUGGAUGAUCUCCCAGCAAGGUUCACCCAUUUCCAGGGGGAAAUCUGAUGGCGAGUGCACCCAGACCUCGGACUUAUUUGAAGUGUACAUGAGUUUUUACAUAGUGUUGUGUUGAUUUUAUUAUAUUUAAUUUCUAAAUGUAUAUUAUAAUAUUUAUGUGUCUCUU